AUGUCAACCAGAAAAAAGCAAAUCUUAAAGGUCAUUAUUUUGGGCGACUCAGGUGUUGGUAAAACAUCCUUAAUGCAUCGUUACGUAAAUGACAAAUAUUCUCAACAAUAUAAAGCCACAAUUGGUGCCGAUUUUUUGACAAAAGAGGUUGCUAUUGAUAAUGAUACUACUGCGACAAUGCAAGUUUGGGAUACUGCGGGCCAGGAACGUUUCCAAUCCCUUGGAGUUGCAUUUUAUAGGGGUGCUGAUUGCUGUGUUUUAGUCUAUGAUGUUACUAAUCCAAAAUCGUUUGAAAAUAUAAAAUCAUGGAGAGAUGAGUUUUUAAUACAUGCUAAUGUUUCUUCCCCAGAAACUUUCCCUUUCGUUAUCCUUGGUAAUAAAGUCGAUACAAAAGAUUCCAAAAAAUCAGUAACUUUAAAAGCUGCACAAGAAUUAUCAAAAUCUUUGGGAAAUAUUCCGUUGUUUCAAACAAGUGCUAAAAACUCCAUUAAUGUUGAUUCUGCGUUUGAAGAAAUAGCACGUGGUGCGUUGGAACAAAAUAAAGCAGACGCAGAUGCAUAUGAAGAUGACUUUAAUGAUGCCAUUAAUAUUCAAUUAGAUGGAGAACCUAGCUCCUGUGCCUGCUAG